GUGCCUCUCCAGUGACCAGCGUCUGCAGCCAUGCACUGACAUCCGCUGUGGGACGAUAACAACCCGGCCGGUGCCAACAGUACUGACCGUGUACUGACCGUGUUCUCCUGCGGGUCACUGGCCCGGCGCUGAAGGAAUGCUUUAGGCGGGUCAAACCUUUGCAACCCUCCAGUGGUCAAGGAGCCGGAUCUGACUUUUUAGGCGGACUUGAUUGGUUGUCAACAAUGUUAUCUCUCACUUUUCACCUCGCAGUCCUGAUAGCUGCCGCCUGGGCUUCCAGCGAUGAGACCCGCCUGGUCAAAACCCUCUUCACUGGCUACAAUAAGGUGGUGCGGCCCGUCAAUCACUUCAGCGACCCGGUGGUGGUCACCGUGGGCCUGCAGCUCAUCCAGCUGAUCAGCGUGGACGAAGUCAACCAGAUUGUCAACAGCAACGUGCGCCUCAAGCAGCAAUGGAAUGAUGUGAACUUGCAGUGGAACCCUGAGGACUAUGGCGGCAUCAGAAAGAUCAGAAUUCCCUCCACUGACAUUUGGCGCCCAGACCUGGUGCUCUACAACAACGCCGAUGGCGACUUUGCCAUCGUGCACGAGACCAAAGUGCUGCUGGAGCACACGGGACUCAUCACGUGGAACCCUCCUGCCAUCUUCAAGAGCUACUGCGAGAUCAUCGUGCUGCACUUCCCCUUCGACCUGCAGAACUGCAGCAUGAAACUGGGCACCUGGACCUACGACGGGAACCUGGUCGUCGUCAAUCCUGACAGCGAUCGUCCUGAUUUGAGCAACUUCAUGGAGAGUGGCGAGUGGGUGAUGAAAGACUUCCGCAGCUGGAAGCACUGGGUGUACUACGCCUGCUGCCCAGACACGCCAUACCUGGACAUCACCUACCACUUCCUCAUGCUGCGCCUUCCCCUCUACUUCAUCGUCAACGUCAUCAUACCAUGCAUGCUCUUCUCCUUCCUGACUGGACUCGUCUUCUAUCUGCCUACAGACUCUGGUGAGAAGAUGACCCUCAGCAUCUCCGUCCUGCUUUCCCUGACCGUCUUCCUGCUGGUCAUCGUGGAGCUAAUCCCCUCCACCUCCAGCGCAGUGCCGCUCAUCGGGAAGUACAUGCUCUUCACCAUGGUCUUCGUCAUCGCCUCCAUCAUCAUCACCGUCAUCGUCAUCAACACUCACCACCGUUCCCCGAGCACCCACACCAUGCCCGAAUGGGUGCGCAAGCUUUUCAUCGAAACCAUUCCAAACAUCAUGUUCUUCUCGACAAUGAAGCGCCCCGGGAAGGAAAAGCCAGUGAAGAACAUCUACAGUGGCGACUUUGACAUCUCGGACAUCUCUGGCAACCAGGCCUCCGCCGUCCCCUACCAGUCGCCUAUAACCAAGAACCCUGACGUCCGCAGUGCCAUUGAAGGAGUCAAGUACAUCGCGGAAACCAUGAAGUCAGACGAGGAGUCCAACAAUGCUGCUGAGGAGUGGAAGUUUGUGGCCAUGGUGUUGGACCACAUCCUGCUGUGUGUCUUCAUGGCCGUGUGUCUCAUCGGCACUUUAGGCGUGUUUGCCGGACGUCUCAUUGAGCUGAGCAUGCUCUAGUCUCGAUGCCUCCUGCCUCUUCUUUGUUCCACACUCCACCCCAAGUAGAAAACAUUUUGAUCAAGUGAAAUUAAUCCAACAGAACAAUGGUAGGUGUGAAAAACACGACCUAUUUGUUUAAUCUUCAGAAAUAGACUUAUGCUCUUUAAGUGGAAGUGGAGUGAUAAAGGUUUUAUUGGCGACAUCUAGUGGCCAUUAUAAUUAAUUCAAUUAAGCGUGUGACUCUGUAAGGAAAAAUGAUGCGGACACGUUUGUUACUGCUUGCUAAUACAAGACUUUGCAUGUGUAAGUAGCAUGCAACAAUAAUUAUUUGAGACUUUUUGUUUUGAUGUUUUGUUUUGUUCAAUUUAGGACACUAGGUAUGUGUGUGCUUAGCUGUUGUGUAUUCGUUAGCUUCUAGUAUCCCAUAGCCUACCAAUGUUUACCUUUUUGUAAAUGACUUGACUAAAAUUAAAGAAAAGGCCAACU